CACACAGAGCUGCAGAGAGUCUAAACGACGUCGGGAAGGUGAAUUUGACUGUGAAUUUUUUCCUGAAGACCACCAUGGAACGUGUGCGAGGUAUUUUCUUGGUGUUGUGCCUUCUCCUGCUGACACAGUGCACAGGCCAGCAGACACCAGAAAAGAGAAAAAGUCCUAAAAAAGACUCGACCAAUGCUGCCAUUGAGGAACUGAAGAAACAAAUUAAUGACAUUGUUUAUGACCUCAACUUGUUAAAAGAGCAACAGUCUCUGCAGUCAAUGUGUCUGCGAGGAACCAAAGUCCUCGGCAAGUGUUUCCUCGCCGACCCGGUCAAGAAGACUUUCCAUGCGGCCAGUGACGACUGCAUCGCCAAAGGGGGCAGCCUAAGCACCCCCCUGACAGGGGACGAGAACGACCAGCUGUACGCCUACGUGCGUCAGAGCAUCAGCCCGGAGGAGCCCAUCUGGCUGGGCAUCAAUGACAUGGUGACCGAAGGCCAGUGGCUGGACAUGUCGGGGUCCAACCUGCGCUUCAAGAACUGGGAGACGGAGAUCACCAUGCAGCCGGACGGGGGCCGUAGCCAGAACUGCGGCAUGCUGUCCACCACGUCCAACGGGAAGUGGUUUGAUGAGAGCUGUCGAGCUGAAAAGGCUUCGGUGUGUGAGUUCAACAUUGUGUGAGAGUCUCCCACCUUGCCUUAAAGAUUGCUUGGAGGUACAUGUUGGAUUUCACAACAGUGCACUGCAGUUCUUUAAUACUCUUUUCAUAGUAUAGUAUUUGACAUUCACUGUCU